GCAUAUAUUAGUAUUCUGUUUUCCAUUCCCCACUCCAACACCUUCUUCACGCCAAUUCAAUUCAAUACGCGUGACUUGACCAUGGAGAUGCUUCGCCCAACCACCGCGCGGCGCCGCCUGCUCCGGCUGCUGCUGCUGCUGUCACUCUCACCGUCCACUCUUGUUAGCGCCACCCACGGCGUCUUCAACGUCAAGUGCAAAUACGCCGGCCAGGACCGCUCCCUCUCCGCCCUCAAGGCCCACGACUACCGCCGCCAGCUCUCCCUCCUCGCCGGCGUUGACCUCCCUCUCGGAGGCUCCGGCCGUCCCGACGCCGUCGGGCUUUACUAUGCUAAAAUUGGGAUUGGAACUCCUUCCAAGUAUUACUAUUUGCAGGUGGACACUGGCAGUGACAUUAUGUGGGUCAAUUGCAUUCAGUGCAAAGAGUGCCCCACUAGAAGUAACCUUGGUAUGGACCUUACACUCUACGACUUAAAGGAAUCCUCCUCUGGUAAAUUACUUCCCUGUGAUCAAGAGUUUUGCAAAGAGAUAAAUGGUCUUCUAUCUGGAUGUACUGCUAAUAUGUCCUGUCCAUAUCUGGAGAUAUAUGGUGAUGGGAGCUCAACUGCUGGUUACUUUGUAAAGGAUAUUGUACUUUAUGAUCAAGUCUCUGGGGACCUUAAGACUGAUUCAGCUAAUGGAAGUAUUAUAUUUGGGUGUGGUGCUAGACAAUCUGGAGAUCUAAGCUCUUCAAAUGAAGAAGCACUUGAUGGAAUACUUGGAUUUGGAAAAGCUAAUUCCUCAAUGAUUUCACAACUUGCUUCUUCUGGCAAAGUGAAAAAGAUGUUUGCUCAUUGCUUAAAUGGAGUAAAUGGAGGUGGUAUAUUUGCUAUUGGACAUGUUGUGCAACCUAAAGUCAACAUGACUCCAUUAUUACCAGACCAGCCACACUACAAUGUCAAUAUGACAGCAGUUCAAGUUGGCCAUACUUUUCUUAGUCUAUCAAUAGACACAUCAGCACAGGGGGACAGAAAAGGGACAAUAAUUGACAGUGGUACAACCUUGGCCUAUCUGCCUGAAGUUAUUUAUGAGUCACUAGUGUAUAAGAUAAUUUCUCAGCAACCUGGUCUAAAAGUUCAGACUCUCCAUGACGAGUAUACAUGCUUUCAAUAUUCUGAGAGUGUUGAUGAUGGAUUUCCAGCUGUCACAUUUUAUUUUGAAAAUGGACUCUCCUUGAAAGUUUAUCCACAUGAUUAUUUAUUUCCCUCUGGAGAUUUUUGGUGUAUUGGUUGGCAAAACAGUGGGACACAAUCAAGAGAUAGCAAAAAUAUGACCUUAUUGGGAGAUUUAGUGCUUUCAAAUAAACUUGUCUUCUAUGACCUUGAAAAUCAGGCUAUUGGAUGGACUGAGUACAACUGUUCUUCAACCAUUAAAGUGAGGGAUGAGCGUACAGGAACAGUCCAUUUAGUUGGUUCCCACUUCCUUUCUUCUGCUUAUGUUUUAAACAUCAACCGGGUGAUUAUCUUGUUUAUACUUGCUCUAAUUCAUAAAUUGCUUUAUUGAAAUAGCGCAACAAAUACGUAUACCAGAGUCAAAUUAUGGUCAAAGGAUUUGAAAAUAGAAAUAACGUAAAAAAAAAUGCUAUGUGAGAAAUUAACUUAUCAGGAACUUCCAUGAUUUCUAAAUGCAUGAAAUCCAGGACACUGACCAUUGGGAAUCUUCGCUGUGGGUAAAUUUUUUCUUCUCAAUUCCCAUGGUGAAUUUGUAAAUGACGAAAUCUUACCACCAAUUGUAUAUGUUAUAUUAGACUUUGGUUUUUGACUUAGCUUGGGUCUCAAUGCCAAAUGUAUAAUUAACAUGCUACAAGUCACGCAUGGAAUUCAAGUUAUAGUUGCAAAUAUUUGACUUUAGGUAUUGUAUAGCAUUUCUGUGCUGGCUAGCUGGCUCCUUUUGUUCGACCUAUUUUAGCACGAGUUAUAAUAAUAUUCUUACAACUAAUUCUUAUAUCA